UGCUGCUGCAGCAGUCCGGCCUUGAAUUAGCGAUACUAUACGUGAAGUGAAGUCCUCCGGAACCGAGUUGAGAAGUGACCCUCUGGCAGUGUAAAACGUGCAAAUUCACCCACUCCGCGUGUGGGUCGGAAAAAAAAGUCCGCGAAACAAAACCGAGUGCGAGGAUCCUUUUUCUCCGCAUGGUACACACGCGUCUAGCUGUCUGGGGUUAGAUAGCGCCAAGUCACGCCGACGGAUUGAUUGUGAAAGCCAGGGAAAAGAACACGAGACCGUGGAGAUCUCUCCGAAGUGAUAAAAGUUUAUUCUACUCAGUGUCUGUUGUAGUUUUUUCCCGCUUUCGGCGUUACGGUUAAUUGGAAAGUUUGUUAUUUAUUCAAAAAACGUAGCAGGAGCAACCUUCCACGGGUUAAACAAUUCUACAGCGAACUGAUCAAAACAACGACCACCAGCUCCCCGUCGUUAAUUCACCGUGCGCUACCCCCUCUGUAACCAAAACAGUUGAACAGCCGCCCUCAUGAACAGGUCCCGCUCGGUGCCCCCCGGCGGCCAGGCGCAACAAUCCGUUGCCAAGCUGGUCUUUGCCAGCGGCACCGGUGGCGGGGGUCGCGGUGCUCUAGCAACGGGUCUAAAUGCACGAGGUACGAUGAUAAUGAAAAGCGUUUCGAUUUUCCUCGCCAGUGGCAGACGGGCCUCCGGAGUGUCAAGAGAGCGGACCAAAUCCGGCGACCGGACGACAGUGCGCGGCUGUGUAGCGGCUCGGGAUCAGCAACAGCAGCAGCAGCAACCUGGUCGGCACGAUUCUCGCAGGAACAAGAAGAUACUUGCCAGGAUGGAUGAGCUCAACGGGAAGCUUAACCCGAAGAUGCUGGAGAUGUACAAGCGGAGGACGCACUUCUCCAAAAUCGAAGUGGAAGCCCUCUGCAAGAUAUUCCGCAAGCUGGUUACCAACGCCACGCUGAACUCGAAGGCCCUCGCCGCGAACAAUGCGGGAGUGAUUGCGAAGGCCGGCUCCUCGACCGAUGGUAUCGAUAGGUCAGUGUUCCGGGAGCUGCUCCACAGCACCUUCGACAUCGUUACGGACGAAACGCUGAUGGAACGGAUUUUUUGUGCAUGGGAGAAAGGAUACGAGGGGCUGCCGAUUCGGUUGGAGGGAUGGAUUCUGGGGCUGUCGACGUUUCUGAAAGGAUCACAGGCGGAGAAGACUGCGUUUUGCUUCCGCGUGUACGAUUUGAACAGCGAUGGGUACAUCACGAAGGACGAAAUGUUUGCCCUGCUGAGGAACUGCUUGAUCAAGCAGCCGCAGGAGGAGGAUCCGGAUGAGGGCGUGAAGGAUUUGGUGGAGAUUGCGUUGAAGAAGUUGGAUAUGGAUAAAGAUGGAAAGGUUUCUUUUCAGGACUAUCAGGAAGCAAUUGCUGAGGAACCUCUUCUCCUGGAAGCAUUCGGACAAUGUCUUCCAUCGGAUCGGGCGACAGUUUCCUUUCUGUCGACACUGCAAGUUCAAGAGGAAUCCACUUAAGACGUGCUUCCUUUCCAACCGAUCGCCCAAGUUCAACGCUUCUAGAGGCAUAGCUUGCGGAAGGACAUCGAAACUAGCUGGCGAAUUAUCAACACGUUCUCUUCGGGGGUACGCAAUCGGAAGUCGCACUACAUGUAGGUAAUACCAAUGCACACGUAGAAACAUAUCUGGAUAUCGGUUGAAUAUGUCAGCGGACGGAGAAUGGAUACUAUUGCGACGGUCAUUAGCACGGUGUAACCUUUCUUGGACGAGUUUGGACCACGAGGUGUAGGGAUUUUUCUUUGAAGUGAGUGUAGCAUUCACUGUUACAGCGUGACCUCUUGUGUAGUAGCCUGACACAUGUUUUCUAUCUAAUAAAUAUGUUGACGAUAUUAGUAGUAAAGUAUGAAACGAUCUCAUUUCUUGGAAGUAAAAUAUAU